AUGGAAGUCUCUGAAGAUACGGUGCAGAAGAUCCAAGCAUUUGCUGCAAAUCGUGCAGCUGUGGAGAAAGAGUCCACCAGACAACCUCUUAGUGCAACGGCCUUGCAUGCCUAUGGGCGACGUUUGGAUGGAACCCUGCGGGGGCUUCAAGAGCAGGUCCAGCGCCAGGAGGAGGAGUUACAGAAGCUUCGGGAAAUUCGUUCCCAUGGCCUUUUGGGAGAUGAGAAUGACACUUGGACGCGGAUCUCGAAUGUGCGACGAGCCAAAAAGGCAUAUGAUUCAUUGCUCCAACUUGAACCAGGCCUUCCAGGCACAGAUUCAACUCUUCCUUCGCUUGUAGCGAUUCAAGAGACCUCGCAACUUAUCAAAGAGAGCAAAGCCUCAAUUACAAUAACAGCAGAGAAAUUAUCUGAAGAUCGAGAGCGACUUCGUGUUGAGGAGGGUAAUUUACGAGAUUCUCGUGCAAUUGCCAAUGGACUUCGAGAACGGCUCCAGCGGAUCCGCAAUACAAACAGCAGAAAGAAGGAGCAAACGCCUUCCCAAAUUGCCCAAGAAACACUUAGCCAACAGAAGAAGAAGAAUCAAGACCUGGAGCAGGCAUCUGAAGACCUCAAGAUAUCUCUAAACAUUUUCAUUGACGAUAUCCUGGCUCCGAUGCUUGCUGCGGAGGAUCUAGGAGGCCCGACAGUGGGUGAUGCCCUAGAGGUAUCAGAUGCCACGCUCAAUGCUGGCUAUACAGCCCAUGGGAAACCAAAGAAACCAAAGCAGCCCCUGUCAACAGAAACCGACGAUGGUCAACAGCGUAUUGACCAAUUUGUUCAACGCAGUGGGGAUGGGUCAUCCUCGACAAAUAAACGAGAAACAGCAGCAAGAGAAGUGCAUGACCUUCUGAAUUCCUUAAUGGAAACAGGCAACUCCUAUGUGACUUUACAGCGGGACUCGGCUAUUUCACGGUUUCUUGUGAGGGCAAAGGUGGCACAAUUCCAUCCACGAGAUGCCCGGCGUUUGCGGCUAAUAGAUUUCGGUCGCUCCGUGGGCGAAUAG